AGUGUUGCACGAGUUUCCCUCCGCGGAACUCACGUCGUAACCUAACAGCCUACAGUCCUCUGGUACGCGAAAAUUCUCUAAGGAAGAGAUUUUACAAAGAAAAAGAGAAACCGAGCGAAAGAGAUAUAAGCGUAUUAAAAAUGACCCGCAGAAAAGGGAAAAACUUAGAGAGAAAGCACACCUUAAAUACCUUAAGAAACAGGAAAAGGGAACUAGGAAGCUUGUUAAGAAUAUGACGCCACGUGAACACAGGGAAGCAAAGAAGAAGUGGAAAGAGUAUUGCACCAAGUAUCGCAAUAAGAAAAAAGUAUUAUCAAAUAUUACUAACAUGUAUAUGAGAGAUAAUACUCCAGAUUCUGAUGUAUCUAAUUCAUCUCAGAUGCCAACAGCUGAAGUUGUAGAAGUAAUUCGACAAACAAAUUAUAAAGAGAAGCUGCUAAGAUAUAAUACAAAGAAGGAAAAAGAUAAAGAAAUUAGAGUUCUGAAAAAGAAACUAUUGAAGUACAAGAAACGCCUGUCACGAUUGAAGAAGAAAGCAAUUACAGAGCGGAAAGAUACACCAAACACUAAGUUACUGAAAAUGGCAGAUACUCCAAAAUCUAGGAAAGAUCUAGUUAAAAAGGCACUUUUUGGUGAAGUAUUAAAAGAGCAAUUACAAGAGAAUUUUUCGGAGAUGAAAACUCUAAGAGAAAAAAGACUUUUAGCUAAAGUUGUCUUAGGUAAGAUUGUUGAUAAAUAUAAGUUAUGGCGAAUGAAAGAUACAGGUGUGAUAACCUAUAAAAGAAUAAAAAAGGCAAAAAUGACUCAUAAACAGGUAAGAAAACCCAAAGUAUCACAUGAAUGUGUAAGAGUAGUUGUAAAUUUCUACGAAGAUGAUUCUAAUAGUAGACUAGGAGCGGGAAAGAAAGAAUUUAUCACUAGAAAAGCAGAACGGAAACAAAAGCGAUACAUGCUUGAUUCGUUACUCGGCUUAUACAAGAAAUUCCAACACCAAAAAAGCAAUUUCAAACUGAGUUAUCAAACCUUUUGUAGGCUGCGACCUUUUUGGAUUGUCAUCCCCAAAAUUAAUAAGCGUGAUACUUGUUUGUGCAUUAACCACGCAAACAUUGACUUUAUUAACAGCUUUAUGUAAUGGAAAAAUCUUAAAUUAUAACAGUCAUCAAAAAUUGCUUCAGGAACUGUGUUGUGACCGCUAUAAUGAGCAGUGUUUGUCUAAAGAAUGUCAGAAGUGUGUUAAUAAGACUCCUUCUUACAAAGAAUUUAAUGACAGAAGACAAAUCAUAUAUAAAAAAUGGAUAGCCGAAAAACUAGAUUUCAUCGACCCAAGAUCCAAAAAGACUCGUGGAUUAAUCAAAUACAUUAAGAAGUCUUUUAAUGUGAAACCCCGCGACCUCAUUACAGAAUUGCAUGAAGACCUAGAGACAUUUUUUCGCCACGAAAGAAAUAUUGUACACCAGUUCAGUGCAAUAAGGAAACUGAAAAGAACGCUGACAGGAAGAGAUGCUCUAAUUCAUAUAGACUUCUCUGAAAAUUAUUCCACUAAAUACUGCCAAGAAAUUCAGGCUUUCCAUUUUGGCGGAUCACGUACACAGAUUAGUCUACACACGGUUGUAGUGUAUUUGAAAGAUACAGUAAAAUCUUACUGCACAAUCUCUACGAAUGUUUCUCAUUCUCCAGCUGCCAUUUGGGCUCAUCUGAAUCCAAUUGAAAACCUGCAUUUCUUGAGCGACGGACCUGUGACUCAGUAUAGAAACAAAACCAUGUUUUACAUUAUGGCGACAAAAAUAUCAAAACGACUUCCACACAUACAAAAGUUUACCCGGAACUUUACGGAAAGUGGCUAAAGGCACACACGACGGCGUUGGAGCCACCUGCAAGAGGACUGCAGAUGCCGUGGUUGCUACUGGAGGCGAUGUAGAAAAUCUAGAGAAAUUUAUAGAAGCCAUUGAAUAAAGAUGUCCUGCCAUUAAUUUAAGUAUCAUACAAGAUGAUGCGAUUAAAGAAAUGCCUGCCGAAAUCGAACGAGAAGUAACCAAGGUGAAACAUUUUGUUGGCACCCUCAAAGUGCAUCAAGUCACUGGAAAAUUCUAUAACACUUUGGGUAUAAAAUACAAUUCCAUUGAGUUAGUAAUGAAACAUUUAAGCUGUUUUGGUGAUAAUGAUUGUUGUCUACACUUCAAUAUCGGAAAAAUAGUUUAUGAAGACAAAACAAAAAAAGACUGUUGAUUUUUUUUAAUUUCUUUAUUGUUCAAUUACUUAAUUUCUAAGCUCCCAAAAGUUUAUGAAAAUCAAAAUGAUUAAAUUUUGGUAGUG